GCUGUCAUUUCUGAAAUUCGAAGUUGUUUGAGGUUAUGUAGUAAAAUUUAAAAGUUGUUGAAAUUAUUUUCGAAAAAAGUAUUUAAAAUGGAAGACACAAUUUGUCCAAGAUGCAAAACGACGAAAUUUCAAAAUCCAUCACUAAAAAUGAUGGUAAACGUUUGUGGCCAUGCCCUCUGCGAAAGCUGUGUCGACUUGCUCUUCCUAAAAGGCUCCGGUUCGUGCCCCGACUGCCGUAUCGCUCUACGCCGAAACAAUUUCCGCGUGCAGCUCUUCGAAGACGCGACAGUGGAGAAGGAGGUCGACAUACGAAAAAGAGUUCUGCGAGACUUCAGUAAAAAAGAGGAGGAUUUCUCCUCAUUAAGAGACUACAACGAUUACUUGGAGGAAGUCGAAACGAUAAUUUACAACUUAACGAACAAUAUCGACGUGAUUAAUACCAACAAGAAAAUUGAAGACUAUAAAAAAAGCAACAGGGAGCAAAUCAUGAAAAGCAAGAACAAGAUGAGCCGUGAGGAGUAUGAACUGGAAGAACUGUUGGAAAUCGAAAAGCAAAGCGAGUUAUCGCGACGAAACGAAAUAAAAUUAGAGGAAAUGAAGACAAAGAAGAAGAAACUACGUGAAAAAGAGGCGCUAAUCGAUGAGCUAAUGUUUUCGAAUGCCAACGCGCAGAAUAUCGUGGAGACAUUUACACAGCAGGUCAAGGAAUUUAAGGAAGUCGAGACUAAACCGGCUAGUAAAGUGACACAAUUUUCGACUGGUAUUCAAUUCGGACGUCAAAAUCAGUCUUCAUUCUUGCCAGUUUCGAUUGAAGAGGGGCCACUUUUCGUUUAUAAACCACAAGGUAUGGUAACAGAUGGGCCUUAUCCUCCUGUGGAGGAAGAACUGUCAACUCUGGGAUAUAACGUACACAUUAGAACAGAGACAGAACAAGAGAGAGCUGGCGGUUUUGUGUCGAGUAUUGCUUGUAUGAGGGCACUGCAAGAUGCACUUGCUGGUUUAUAUCAUGUUAAAAAAGCUAUUGCGUAAUUUUUUGUAUGUUAUCGAAUAGUUAAUGUAAAUAAAACGUUUUGCGUAUUUAUUGUA